GGAGUGCGCAUGCGUACUACGCGGGCUCCCGGAAGUCGGGCCAUGGCGUCUCUCCGCGAAGCGACCCUGCGGAAACUGCGGCUCUUUUCGGAGAUGAGAGGUAAACCCGUGGUGGCUGGAAAAUUCUGGGAUGUAGUUGCAAUAACAGCAGCCGAUGAAAAGCAGGAGCUUGCUUACAAACAACAGUUGUCAGAGAAGCUGAAGAGAAAGGAAUUGCCCCUUGGAGUUCAAUAUCAUGUUUUCACUGAUCCUGCUGGAACUAAAAUUGGAAAUGGAGGAUCAACACUUUUUUCUCUUCAGUGCCUGGAAAACCUCUAUGGAGAUAAAUGGAAUUCUUUCACAGUCCUGUUAAUUCACUCUGGUGGCUACAGUCAACGGCUUCCCAAUGCAAGUGCUUUAGGAAAAAUCUUCACAGCUUUACCACUUGGUGAGCCCAUUUAUCAGAUGUUGGAGUUAAAACUAGCCAUGUACAUGGAUUUCCCCUCACACAUGAAGCCUGGAGUUUUGGUCACCUGUGCAGAUGAUAUUGAACUAUACAGUAUUGGGGACUCUGAGUAUAUUGCAUUUGACCAACCUGGCUUUACCGCCUUAGCCCAUCCGUCUAGUCUGGCUGUAGGCACAACACAUGGAGUAUUUGUCUUGAACUCUGCCAGUUCCUCACAACAUGGUGACCUUGAGUACAAGCAAUGCCACCGUUUCCUCCAUAAGCCCAGCAUUGAAAAAAUGCAUCACUUUAAUGCUGUGCAUAGACGAGGAAGCUUUGGUCUACAGGACUUGUCUCGGGGUGACACAGCCAGUCUUCCAUUGAACUCUGAGUAUGUCUACACAGAUAGCCUAUUUUACAUGGAUCAUAAAUCAGCCAAAAAGCUACUUGACUUCUAUGAAAGUAUAGGCCCACUGCACUGUGAAAUAGAUGCGUAUGGUGACUUUCUGCAGGCACUGGGGCCUGGAGCAACUGCAGAGUACACCAGGAACACAUCACAUGUCACUAAAGAAGAGUCCCAGUUGUUGGACAUGAGGCAGAAAAUAUUCCACCUCCUCAAGGGAACACCACUGAAUGUUGUUGUUCUUAAUAACUCCAGAUUUUAUCACAUUGGAACAACGGAAGAAUAUCUGCUUCAUUUCACUUCUGAUAGUACAUUAAGGUCAGAGUUGGGCUUGCAGUCCAGCGCUUUCAGUGUCUUUCCAAAUGUGCCUGAAUGCCCCCGUGAGACACCCUGUGUCAUUCACAGUAUACUGGAUUCAGGAUGCUAUGUGGCCCCUGGCUCAGUUGUAGAGUAUUCCAGAUUGGGGCCUGAGGUGUCCAUCGGGGAAAAGUGCAUUAUUAGUGGUUCUGUCAUAGUGAAAGCUGUGCUGCCCCCGUAUUCUUUCAUGUGUUCUUUAAGUCUGCAGAUAAACGGACACUUAGAAUACUCAACUAUGGUGUUUGGCAUGCAAGACAACUUGAAGAGCAAUGUUAAAACCAUAUCAGACCUAAAGAAGCUUGAGUUCUAUGGAGUCUGUUUUCAGUCUUGUUUAGAUAUUUGGAACCUUAAAGCUACAGAGGAACUAUUCUCAGGAAGUAAGACACAUCUGAGCCUGUGGACUGCUCGAAUUUUCCCUGUCUGUUCUUCUCUGAGUGAAUCGGUUACAGUAUCCCUUGGGAUGUUAAGUGCUGUACAGAGCCAUUCACCAUUCAGCCUGAGCAACUUUAAGCUCCUAUCCAUCCAAGAAAUGCUUCUAUACAAAGAUGUAAAAAACAUGCUAGCUUAUAGGGAGCAAAUCUUUCUAGAAAUUAGUUCAAAUAAGAAACAAUCUGAUUCAGAGAAAUCAUAAGUACAAUAUAUUUUGCCUAUGAACAGGAUUGCAAAUGCAGGCAUUUUCUGUAGACCUCUGACUUUUCUCUCUUUUCCCCCUCUCUCUCUCUUUCUUUCUUCUUCUUUUCCAUUUUUUGGCUUGUUCAGUAAAGCAACAUAAUAAAAAUUAUAUUAAUAUAACUACUGUAGCAUAGUAAUAACAAAGGUACAGAAGGCCACUUUGGAUAGAAAAACAUUUCAGCAUCAAAUUUGUGAAAGUGAUGCUGUUUUAAAUGUUUUUACAUUAUUAUAGCUUUGUUUUUUGGUAAAUAUCAAUUUGUGGGGUACAGUUCCAUUCACAUAACAAAUACUUCUGUUUUAGAGGAUGAUUUUCUAAACAUACUUUUAGAAUUUUUUUGUUUUUUUGAAAUUUGGUCCAAUAAAGCUCUGGGUGUUAUUGAUGAUUGUAUUAAUUUGUCACAAUGAGAAAAUACCUAAUGAAAAACAUCCUUUUAAACUUUUUAAGAAAAUUGUCUUUUUCCGUUAAUUUUUUUAUUUUGUUCUAUUUUUAUUUUAUGUACAUGAAUGUAUUAUCUACAUGUAUGCAUAUGCACAGUGGCCAUAGAGGCUAGAAUACCUGUUCUCAAACUGAGUCAAGACCCAUUUGGAGAUGGAAUGACCUUUUCACAGGGUCACCUAAGACAUCAGAAAACACAGAUAUUUAUGUUAUGAUUCAUAACAGUAGCAA